AUGUACCGACAAAUUUUGGUCCACAAUGAUGACCAAGAUUUCCAGCGAAUCCUCUGGAGGAAAGAACCAGAGCUACCGAUUGAAGAAUAUCAACUGACUACGGUAACGUAUGGUCUUGCAAGCGCUCCGUAUCUCGCGAUCCGUGUUCUUCAUCAACUCGUUCACGACGAAGGUAAGCAGUAUCCCUUUGCGAGCCACGUCAUUCUCGAGAACACGUACGUCGACGACAUCCUCUCAGGAGCAGAGGACGUUGAUCAAGGUCGCGAGAAAAUCAACGAACUCAAUCAAUUGCUCAAGGCGGGCGGCUUUGAACUCCAAAAGUGGACUUCAAGCCACCCAGAAACUCUCGUUGACAUUUCUCGAAACCAUCAAGAGAUCGCGAUGCAUCUGAAUCUCGAUCAAAGUCCAUUCCUUCGGGCUCUCGGUCUUGCGUGGAGACCAGACAUCGACGCGUUCGCGUUCUCUCCGCAAAUUCAUCAAACUCGGGACAAUUUCACGAAACGAAAAGUUCUCUCACAAACCGCGCAGCUCUUUGAUCCUCUCGGAUGGCUCUCGCCGAUCACGAUCAGAGCCAAAAUCUUUAUGCAGGAAUUGUGGGCACUCGGUUUCGACUGGGACGAGCCGCUCUCAGCUUCAUUGUCCUCGCGAUGGAUCGACUUUCUACAAGAUCUUCAAGGCAUCUCAGCUAUCACCAUCCCACGAAGGAUCGGGUCAAGUUCAGCAUCUCUCGGGAUAGAGAUCCACGGUUUCGCGGACGCCUCUCGAAGUGCAUUAGGCGCAGUAAUCUACGCGCGAACGUAUAUCAACACUCACGAAGUGCGCGUUUCACUAGUGUCCGCGAAAACUAAAGUAGCGCCGCUAAAAAAGCCUUCUGUCAAUUGUCCAUCCUUAUCUCCGCGACCGGAAGAAAACAUUCAUCUCGAGGAAAGAAAAGGGCUGUCGACGCACAUCGCAACAGCUAAGCCGCUACAAAUCUGGGAUCUCGUCGUUUGCUACUUAAAACUAUCGACUCUCCUCAAAGUCACAUCAUUGUCUAAACGCGCAGCAAAUCGGUUCCUCGCGAAGACGACAUCGAAUCGUGUAAACACGUCUAUCACUGUCGGACCGAUCUCUACUCUGGAAUUGAGCGACGCCCAACUGUUCUGGACCAAGGUGACCCAGCAGGCGUACUUUGCAGAAGAAAUUCGCCAAAUCGAGACAAGCUCAAGUCUCACUCGAAGUCAUCCACUAUCGCGACUCACGCCGUUCAUCGAUUCGAACGGAUUCCUCAGAGUCGGUGGUCGACUGAAUCACUCAUUGCUUUCGUAUGACGAAAAGCACCCGUUCAUCUUGCCUCGCGAAUCAUCGUUCUCCACAUUGAUCAUCGAUCAUCAUCAUCGGUUGACGCUCCACGGAGGUCCACAACUCACUCUCGCUACAAUCUGA